AUCCGUUUCCGGGUUUCCAUGGCACACCUAAAAUUACGCGGACAACACUCCAUCAAGCAACCACCAACAAGGCCGAACACGUUCCGAGCUCAACGGCUGCCGUCACAGAUUAGGCACUUGGGUUCAGACAGGGGGAUAUGCCUUAUCACGUUCGAGAAAAUCUGUUGAUAGGUAACAUAAAUUAUGCUGCUGAGAUUCUCCAACAAGGCAGCGAACAAAUUACACAUAUAUUAUCAGUUCUUAGUUCGCCUUCAAUUUCAACUUUCACUGAAUGGCGUAGUGAUGUUGUGAUCCCUACCAAGGAGAUUCGUAAGGUUUAUUUUGGAGAUAAUGCCACUGCUGAGCCAAACAAUUUUCUAUCAUCCCGGAAGCUUCUAUACUCAUUGGAGUAUGCUGGGAAAGAUCUAAAGUUUGUGAGGAUGGCAGUAUCUUUAAGAGAUAUGGAGAGUGAGAAUCUGCUGGAUUAUUUGGAGGUGUGCUUGGAUUUCAUUGAAGAAAGUAGAAAAAAAGGGUGUGUACUUGUGCAUUGCUUUGCUGGUGUCUCAAGAAGUGCAUCCAUGGUUGUAGCAUACUUGAUGAGAUCUGAACAGCUGCCAUAUAAAGAUGCCAUUGAAUCUCUAUCUCAAAUCUGUCGUCAAUCUGUUUGCCCAAAUGAUGGUUUUGUAGAUCAGCUGAAAAUGUUUGAAGAAAUGGAAUUCAAGGUUAAUCGUGCCAGCCCCAUAUACAAACGCUUUCGUUUAAAACUACUAGUCGAAACAACUUCAACUUCAGGAGGUGCUUCAGUGCUUCGUUGGUUCGUCCAGGGGUGGACCUUACUGAGGACAUUACUGUUGGAAGUGAAGAAGAUGAUGUGGCUUGUGAAACGACAAUGAGAAUGACAUUGGAUACUGAUGAAAUGGAUGAUAGGCUUAGUUUUGAAAAUUAGUAGUUGUCAUUGGUCAAUUUGCAAACUUAAGGGGGUGUUUCGAACUGGUUCUGAUUCUGCUUCUUUUUUAAAGCAGAAGCAGAAUCAGUUUUCAGAAGCUGGUCACCCCUAGCUUCUAAAAAAACUGAUUCUAGAAGUAAAUUAGAGCACCAGUAUCACUUCUGCACUUUUACCCAAACACUCCAAUUUCUGCUUCCUGAAAGAGCAGAAGCAGUUUUAAGAAUCAAAUCCAAACACCCCAUAAAUCCCUAAGCUUUUCGAGUCUUACGCCUCGAGUGGCUAUCACUGAAUGCCUCGAGGCCCGUUUUCACCUUUCAAAACUUUGAUGUAGUAAUUUGUGCAUACUGUGCUGACCAUGACCCUGUGUUAUGGUACUUUACUCAUAUUGUACCAAUAUGCUUGUGAUCUGGUACUUUGGUCAAUCUGGAUGACCAUAAAGAAUGUCUUCCAUUUUUUGUGUGUGGAGUGUAUGCUGUAAUAUUAGUUGUACCCUAAUGCUGUAAUAUUAGUAUGAUGUUAUUGUACCCUAAUGAUGAAAUAAUUAUGAUCAUUGAUAGUUCACUAUGUUUCUACUAUUACAAAA